GCGGAUAAUGGCAGUCCUAAAUCCUGUGCAACCCUCCGCAAGGCAAGAAAGACAAAGGAUCUUAGAGGUUGAGCGGGGCCUUGGCCCACAUGACGUAUGGCAUAUAUGAACAGAGGCCACCACGGUGUCACCAAACCCCCAUCAAGCCAGAAUCAGUGCGCUUGACUGCAUACCCUAGAAAAGCCAAACGCUAUGACUGACAAUCUCGCGACGGAACGACUGCGGAAACUCGCUGGGUUUUUCGCAAACAACCCAUCCAUCCAAUAUGUCACCCCGACCUCGCCCCAGUAUGCGGAGCUGUGCGCGGCAUAUGUGUCUUUACCCGACCUAAACCCCCUUGCGAUCGCUCGCCCAUCUACCGUGGAGGCGGCGACUUCUGUGGUGUCCUUUGUGGUGACUAACGACAUCCCAUUCACAGUCCGAUCGGGAGGCCACGACUCCUUCGGGCGAUUUUUCCGAAAUGGGGCGGUCGCGGUCGACCUGCGUCUCAUCAACUACGUCGAAAUUGACCAAGAGUCCUCGACCGCGCGGAUCGGCGGAGGCAUCCUCGGGGGGCAUAUGAUCCGUGCGCUGCAGAAGCAUGGGCUGGCCGCCGCAGUUGGGACGAUCUCCUCGGUCGGAUACGCCGGCUGGGCGAUGUACGGUGGCUAUGGACCGUACAGCUCCAAAUUUGGAUUGGGAGUUGAUCAAAUCCUGGCAGCCAAAGUCAUCAAUGCCAAGGGGGAGCUGGUGGACGCCGACGCGGAGCUACUGAGGGCCCUCCGUGGCGCGGGGGGAGCAUUCGGGGUUGUCGCCGAGCUCACAAUUCCGGUGCACCGCCUUGACCAAACUCUCGCAGGCGCCAUUGCCUUCCAGUCCGAUGAUCUCCCUGUAGUCAUCCGACAGUACAAUUUGGGCUACCAGGCCCUAAGUGCCGAAGGGAUCCCCGCAGAGCUCACUCUGCAACAGAGUAUCAUCAACCUUCCCCACGGUAAGACCUUGGUUGUCCUGUUCGUGUGGGCGUCCCCGGACAUCGAGACUGGACAAUUAUGGGCUGAGAAGAUUUGCGCUCUGGCUCCGGUGGCUCACAACGCCAUCCAACCAACAACGCCCCUUACCUAUCUGACGGACACGGAUCGCAUGGUGCCGUCGCAUACGCGUGGACGUGUGCGGACGAUCAGCCUGAAGCGAUUGAGCGACGAGGUUUUGGACGUGAUCUCCGCCAACGUCCUGAAAAUGCCGGCGGAUCCGCACACCAUUUUCGCCAUGCACGAGCUUCGGACCGGCACCCCAUCGGCCCAGGCCCACUCCGACUCUGUAUUUGCGGCCCGCGAGGGCCACUUCGUGUUUGAGAUCAUUGGGAAUGCGCAGCGCGAAGAGAACCUGGAUCGUGCGACCGCAUGGGGGCAGGACUUCUGGAACGAGUUGACCCGCACCGAUCCGGAGAAUGUUCUCCCGGCGACGUAUCUGUCCUUGUCGGCUCCGGAGGAGGUGCAGAUGUCGCGAGUGUUUGGGGAGAAUUAUGCGUGGCUGGUGGACAUGAAAGGCAAAUACGAUCCUCGAGGGGUGUUUGCGGCGGCCACGGCGAGGCUUUGAGCCGUCUGUUCAAUCUGCGUCAAGUUAUCCUGCUCUCUUGAGGUUCUACUUCCUGCUCAACGCGGUAAUGAUAAUCAGAAAUAGGACGACAAUACGCACAAGAAGUCCGUCUUGCGCGUUCUUGGACGUGGAAGCAACUAGAAAACAACCUCGAUAGCGACCAGCUGAGUUCAUAAUGGUGUCAUCUCAGCCGCACGGGCAUAUCUCAACAUGACGUUUCCAUGGGCGUGUCAGCUAUCCAGGCACUAUC